UAUCAAACACGUUCGAUUUGUCAAAAUCGUUAAAACCAUCAUCGUCCGUCGUCAUUGUCGAAAACGUGAAAUAACAACAACAACGACAGUAAUAAUAGCGCACGGUUGGCGUUUCGUGCGAGCACGCAAACGGGCAAAUGAAUGUUACGAACAAUACGAGCGCCACCGCCGCCGCCGCCAAGUACAGCAGCGACAAAAACAACAGCGACAGCGGCAUCAGUGGCGGCAAUAGCCGUUGUGCGGUGAUAGUAGUAGGUAGUAGGACCAACGUCAGCGUACCAGUCGGUCCGUCGUCGUCCGUUUAGAGCGCUCAGCGUCCACACCGCCGCCGACGUCGUCGUCGUCGUCGUCGUCUCAGAUAACGCGCGACGAUCGCUAUCGGCGUCUACGUCCGACGUACAGUGUGGUGCACGCUAUCGCACCGUUCCGUCGCAGGUCGCCGCCACUGUUGUUAAGGAAUCCUGCUCGGCAGUCAGUGUCGAUACACCUGACGUAGAAUCGUUUUGUACCCGAUUACGACUUCGCGUCUCGUGGCCACUGCAGUUUAUUGCCCGCGAUUAUGCGCACGACGUGAGUGUUUCUCGAUCCGCACACAACGUCAUCGUCGUCGUCGUCGUCGUCAUGAUGCCUUGAGUUCUAGUAUGGAAAUCCUCAAGGCGAGUUUCAAACAUAAAGUAAAUAAUUUGACACAUCAAUAUGGAACCAGUUGUAGAAGAAGUAAGAGACAUCACUAUUCGAAAAGUAACACGAUGGUGUUGUUCAACAAUUAUGGUAUUUGGAGGAGUAGUACCGUACAUUCCUCAAUACCGAGAAAUAUACAUCAAACAAGAUGCAGAAGGCUUCUCAAUGUAUGUAUGCCUAGCACUGUUAGUUGCAAACACUUUGAGAAUAUUAUUUUGGUUUGGUAAACGUUAUGAGCUUCCAUUGCUAUUUCAAAGCAUUGUAAUGAAUAUUAUGAUGUUACUUAUGAUACACUUAUGUGUAAAAGUUCGUAACAAAACACAGUUAAUCAGAGGACCAGACAGAUAUUUUACUGAUUUUGAUUGGCAUUACUUUUGGCAAUGGACAGACUUUCAAUCUUAUAUAGAUUUUUUAAUCGCUAUGAGUAUUUGUCUUUCCAUUAUAACAUUCAUAUUUCUGCACAAUGUUAUAUUCAUUGAAAUUAUUGGAUUUCUUGCUCUCCUAACUGAAGCCAUGUUGGGUGUUCCUCAAUUAGUCAAAAAUUUAAGAAAUCGAUCUACAGAAGGAAUGAGUGUUACAAUGGUAUUACUUUGGACAACUGGAGAUGCAUUUAAGACUUGUUACUUUGUAAGUCGAAAAGCGCCUCUACAAUUCUGGAUGUGUGGCACACUUCAGGUUAUGAUAGAUCUGACAAUACUUGGUCAAGUAGUCUGGUACCGUAAUGAACCACCCUAUAAAAUUCCUCGAAUAGACUGAUCUGUAAAUUGAUUAUCUCGAUAUAAUAUUUUUUAAAUUUUCCAAACUAAAAUUGUUAUUAUCAUUGUUAGAUCUUCUAAUCUCAAAUUAGGAAUUGAUUGUAGGUUGUUAAUGUUUGUUUAUUUAGUGAAUUUUAUUUAUUUAUUUAUUUUUACUGUAUCAGUUAGUUGUAUAUUAUUCAUCGAUAUUUUAUAAAACUUUUUAAAAAUGCAUCAACCUCUAUCAAUUAUAUUUGCUAUAGACUGUUAAAAAUAAGAAUAUAUUAUUAAAAAUAUUGUUUGUAUGAUUUGAUUUCAUGAGAAUUUCACAACCAAUAAUUAUGUGCACAAUUUAUUAUAAUUGAAAUAAAUAUAUCAUUACAUGUUAUUUUAUAAAUUUUAGUGCAUUAACUUUAUAAUAGUUUUUGUUAAAUAAACAGAAAUCUGUAUUGUGCCUACACUAUUAUAACUAGAGGCUAGAUCAAUAUAUAUUUUGUUAUAUUUAGGGGCCAUCACUCGGUCAUAUUCUUGACUUUACUACCUUAUAUCUUAUAAAAUAUUAGUUUAUCUAUUUAAUAGUUAUUGUGAAUAAUUUGUUGACACUCUAUAUUGUUUCUAUGUUAUUAUUUACUUCCUUAUAUUUUAUGAUAUAUACUUGUUAAAAAAAAAAAUGAAAACAUAUAACUGAUUUUUUUUCAAUUGUACUUCUCCGUCUUUGAAUAAUUUUAUUAUAUAGAAAUAAUUUAUCAUACUUUAUAAUCUGCAUCUUAUUUAGUCUUCCAUAUUAUGCACAAAUAAAUUGUAAUAAUUCAAAUUUUAAUUAUUUUUUUCGCAUUUAAUUUUAAUAACAGUAAUUUGAACAUAAAUUUAAAAAAAAAACAAUUAUUCAUAUAACAUUUAUUUACUUUCAAUAUUCUUAUAAAAAAAACUUUAAUUUUUAUUAUACUUAAUACUUAAUACUUAUUAAUAUUAAAUAUAAAAUAAAAUCCAAAAAAUAUUUUUAUUUAAUUAAUAAUUGAAAUAAAAGUAAUGAAAAUUACAUUAUUUUUAACAUCAUCCUAUGACUUUUGUAAGAAAUAAAAAAUAAAAUAGAAAUAAUUUUAUGUAGACAUUUUUUAAAUGCAAUCUAUUGUAUAUGGUAAAUUUAUUUAAACACUAUUAAUUAAUUAUGUUCAUAAAACUUAAAUAUAUUUUAACUUGUAAGGCGGAGAAGUAUUUGAACAAAGUUAAUCAUUAAUAAUAUAAAAUAUGAGAGAAUAUAAAAUAUUUAUGCAUUUAUAUAUUAAUGAUUAAUAUUGUAAUAAAUAAGUAUUUGUUAAUUAAGAUUUAAAAUUGUAAAACUAAUAAUAUUAUUGAUUAUAAUGUUAAUUGAAUAGUUGAGAUGUUGGUGCCUGUAUUUUAAGUUAUUGAGCUAUUUUUAAAAUACCUAUAUUUACUAUAUAGAAUACCUAUAAUGUCAAACAUUUGUGAUAGCUUUCGAGUCAUUAUUAAUAUUUAAACCUUAAAUGUUUUGUGUUUAGUAAUGGGUAUAAAUAUUUUAUUAAAAUGUGUAUAUGUAGUAUGUAAUUAAAUGCUUAUUAUAUAUAAUUGUAACCAAGUCUAAAAAUGUAUUUAGAUAUGUCCUUAUUUCAGAAAUUAUGAUGCUUUAUUGAGUGUUAUAGUGGAUUCACGUUCCUUAUGUUUUUCUUUACAAUAUUAACGCACAAUAUUUUUUUCAAUACUUUUGAAAAAGAAACUCAAUUUUUAAGCUAUAACAGUUCUGAAAUUAUGGAUAUUUUUAAAUGCAUUUCUGGUCAUGUCACAAAAUUGAAUUAUUUGUACAUUUUUUUUUCAUCAAACGGCUGUGUCGUCUAUUAAAUUAAUAAUAGAUUAUAUUUCUAAAUUAUCAAACAGCCUCCUCUUAUGAUUCAUUCUAAUUUUUCCUGUUUAACUUAAUGCUUGAUUUAAUUACAUUUUUUUUUUUUUUGAUAUUAAAGCGAACUUUUAUGUGUAUCAUUAAAUUUUAUUUACUAUCGACUAUACUUACAUGCUAUAAUAAGCCAUAUUAUUAUCUUUAAAUCGGCUUCUGGCUGACUACUGCGUAAGUCUUCCCUUAUUUUCUCACAUAAUUACUUUCAAACUGCACAUACGUUUUUACAUUUUAUUGUUCUUUUAUAGUUAUACAUUAAUUAUAAACUUUUGUUGUUUUUAAUUAUAUGUUUUAUUCAAUACUUGAAUUUCAUAUAUUUCAUCAUUUAAUUAUUCAACUUAAAUAGUAUUUUAAUAUUUUAUGACUAUUAUUUAUUUAUUUAUUUAUUUAUUUGUUUAUUUAAUAAAAAUGCGUUAUUACAAAUCAAUGUCUCGUUGUCCCAAAAGUUUAAAUGAAUCUCAAGCUUCAUUUUCUAAUUUAUAAUUACUCAAAAACAUUGUUCCAAUUAUUCAGUUUUAAUUUAGCAUAAUGAAAAAUUAGAUGUUUAUGAAAUAUGAAUUAUAAAUUGUAUGUUAUUUAAUUAUUAGUAAUAAUAUUUUAUUGUAUUGGAGGCAGUGGCUUCAAACCAAAAAUAAUAAUUAUUUUUUAUUUUUUAUUAUUCUCUGCUUAAUAGAUAAAUUAAUUAUUUUGUAUCUCUAAAUGUAUUUUUAGGUAGUAAUUCAAAUUUCAAACCCAUUAAUUAUUUAAAAUUGACUUGUUUAGGUUUUAUAGGUUUUUUUAUCAAAAAUAAUACAAUUUAUAUGAGAUUUACUUUUAAUAUGUGUAAAUUUGCUUCACAGUGUGAUAUUAAAUGAUGUGCACAAUAGAAACAUUUGUUAAGUAGUGCAUUGUGAUUAUAAUUUAAUGGAUAUUUCUUCAGAAAACUUAACUUCAUGACACCAAUUCAUUGUAUCAAUUAUAAAAACAUUUAAAAAUCCGUAUUAAGACUGUAUGCAGAUAUAUGCAGUAUCUGCAACAGCUUACAAUCACGUUGAAACGAAUUUUUCUAUUAACUUUUGACCCUUCAUUUUUAGUAAAAAUAACAACCAUCAAGUAACUACAAUUCGAAUAAUAACCAAAUCCGUCCUAUUCUGAUCCAUGUAUAACUGAUAUUUGCAUCAAUAUCCACCUGGUCGCAAGUGACAGACGCUUUAAAUUAUAUUUUAUUAUCACGUUAUGGCUUUUAAGUUUUAGCGUUCCAUUCUGCGAGAAGUAUCUUAUUGGGCUCGUCAUUUUUAUUGCGUAGAUAACCAUUUAUGUGUUUAUGUAUAGUAUAUACGUGUAUAUUAUAAUAAAUUAUUCCUUAAACUGCUGUAAUUCAAUAAAUGCGGUCAUCUCGCUCUCGAGUCCCUGCAGCUUAGAAGGAUACUUCCCUAACUUUUGAUGGCCUUUUUAUUUUUAUUUUUGCCAUUGCGUUAACUUAAAUCUCUACACAUUAUGCGCGCUGUUUACGAGACACUUGCAUGAUAGAUAAUAGUUUGAGUAUACUACUUCGCAAUGGAAAACAUAGGUACGUUCGUUAAAGUAAACCCAAUCGUCCUAAAUCCUAAUACAUCAUCGCGUAACUUAAGACCACCGUAUAUACAUUAGAUAAAUAUCUAAAUUUCUCCUCUCGGCCGAUCUGUCUAGUGUCUCGCUCCCUUCGCACUAUCAUCCACAUCGAUCAUCCCAGUAUCGAAGCGUAUAGGUAACGAUGAAUAUAUACCGCACGGGCCCCGUGACGGCGUGAACUUUAUAAUAAUUCAUAUUGCCUGAUGUAGAUGCUAUCACGUCGACCACCAACCGAAAUUUUAUAAUUUAAAACCGUAUCGUGUCUGUAAUGUGUCACACUUUAUACAGCCGAUGAGAGGUACCCACUCACCCUGCAAUGCCGACGGCACCUUACUUAAAUAUGUAUCACUAUCCCAUCGAUACGCGUUUAAAUACAUACAUACUACACAAUUUCACACGGUCCUCGUGUUCGGUAAUAACAGAAUAUUGACAUAAUAUUACGUUUCAAAUUAUUACUUAUAUUCUAUCUGUAGUACAUGUAUUUUAAUCGUUAGUGUUUCAUGUUUGUAUAAGUACGUGUGCUGUGUACACAGUAGAAUAUUGAUUCUGUCGGUAUUGGCUUUGUAUGCGUCCUAACACUACAAUGUAAACACGUUAUAUUAUUAUAAUAUAAUAUAACAUAUAUUAUGUAGCCCUUAUGAUUUUACAGAAAUGUUCGUUCCAUAUAGUUAUGAGCAUUAUCGUUACUACGCGUGUUCUCGCGACAACCGCACAAAAAUUUCCUGCCAAAUUUAUAGUAGAUAUGAAAUUAUAAUAAUAAAUGUAGGUAACUAUUGUGUCCUAUAACGAUAAUGGUUUAUAGCAAUUUCCAGUCCUUAUUUUUAAAUAAAAUCAAAAAAUCACAACACUGCACAAGUUGUUUAUUUGCGACAAGCUCAAAAUGUGUGGAGGCGUGAAGUUGUAAAAAAAAAAAAAUUCGGACGAUUUGAACACUUUGUUUGAGACGCAUAUUUUUUUUAAGUCGUGUACACACACUAUACUACAUUUGCAUUUUCGUGUACUGCACAUAUAAUACUAUAAUAAUAUAUUAUGCUGUUCUCCACACUUAAAUAGGGACUGGACCGAUUUCAUAUCAUUUGUAAACAAGUACAACCGAGUACAAAAAUGCGUGAGAACACGCACGCACGUUUAAUGCUACAAUAUAUUUUUACUUAGAAGCCGUCCACUUUUUUUUUUUUAGAGACCUUAUUACUACCUCCCUCACAUCACACACACACCUACACAGUACACACAUACACUGAUAUAAUGUGUAACAGGCCACAAAUUCAUUUGUAAACGUUUAUACAUAUAAAUGUUACGGGUGUGUGUUAUAUUAGCAACAACUCUCUAUAUAUAGUUAUAAGAAAUAUUGUAUAAGCUCCUGUAUAUAUUAUUAUGUUUUGUUUUAUAGGUAUAUAGUUAACAAUAUUGUUUGGUUUGCUGUUUUUCGAGUGUUCACACGACCAUAAUAUAAUUAUUGUGUAUUAUCUUUAAGCCAUUAUGUGACGUUAUAUAUUAUUAUGCUGUAUACCUUAUUCGGAAAAUUCGUGCACGUGUGAUGACUGAAGUUUAAAAACCUUUUUCACCACCAUUGAUUUAUUUCUCAAAAUCCCAUCACGUUAUACAACUUUACUACGAUAUUAUAUAUAACUCUAUAUAAGUGAAAUAUCUAUGGGUUGAAAUUUGAUGUUUUUUUUUUCAUAUACAUUUUGCUCGGAACUCGUUCGUGCGUUUCUUUUAUUUUCUAUAUAUAAUUCUACGUCAUAUAGAUUUUUCCCUCGAAGGAGGAGACGUAGUACUAUAUAUUUACUAGUUCGGUUAAUAAAUCGGUAGUUUUUCUUCAGACGCUUGUGUCCUAUUCCGCUGAACAAUACGUUUAAAAUUUUUUUGCGACCGACAAACAAUUCCCCGAUCACACAGCCGCCGCGGCCGUGGUGAUGGACGAUUUUGUUUCGUUCGUGUCUUCCGGACACCCGUCAAUUUGUUUUCAGCGUGUGUAGUGUAUACGGUCGCGUUCCGGUGAACGUUGCCUAUA